AUCUCUUGAGACAUAAGCAGUGGUACUUCCCUGGAGGGAGGAGAUGGGGAUUCUCCUGUUGCUCUGAGAGUUGCCAGGUGCCAGAAGUGGUCCCCAGUGGUGGUGGACAGUUAUUCUGAGUGACGGCCCUUGCACACGCUUCUGAGUGGUUAUCAUGGGCUUCAUUGCCUUCCUGAAGACCCAGUUCAUAGUUCACCUCCUCAUUGGGUUUGUCUUUGUUGUCAGUGGACUGAUCAUUAACUUCAUCCAACUAUGCACGCUGCUCCUCUGGCCCAUCAACAAGCAGCUCUACCGCCGAGUAAACUGUCGCCUUGCCUAUUCCCUGUGGAGCCAGUUGGUAAUGCUGCUGGAAUGGUGGUCAGGCACAGAGUGCACCCUGUUCUCAGACGAGGCCACGGUGAAAACCUUUGGGAAGGAACACGUCAUCAUCAUCCUGAACCACAACUUUGAGAUCGACUUCCUGUGCGGCUGGACGAUGACGGAGCGCUUUGGAGUGCUGGGGAGUUCCAAAGUUCUUGCUAAGAGAGAGCUGCUCUAUGUGCCCCUAAUCGGCUGGACGUGGUACUUCCUUGAGAUUGUUUUCUGCAAAAGGAAAUGGGAAGAGGACAGAGAUACAGUCAUUGAGGGAUUGAAACGUUUGUCUGAUUAUCCUGAAUAUAUGUGGUUUCUGCUAUACUGUGAAGGAACUCGUUUCACAGAGACCAAGCACCGCAUCAGUAUGGAAGUAGCUGAAUCUAAGGGGUUGCCUAAACUGAAAUACCACCUGUUGCCCAGAACCAAAGGUUUCACCACUGCUGUCCAGUGUCUCAGGGGAACAGUUUCAGCAGUGUAUGAUGUAACACUAAAUUUCAGAGGAAACAAGAACCCGUCUUUAUUAGGAAUUCUUUAUGGAAAGAAAUAUGAAGCAGAUAUGUGUGUAAGGAGAUUUCCUCUGGAAGAGAUCCCUCAAGAUGAAAAGGAAGCUGCAAACUGGCUUCAUAAGCUUUACCAGGAAAAGGAUGCUUUGCAAGAGAUGUAUAAUCAGGAAGGUGUAUUUCCUGGGAAGCAGUUUAAACCUCCUAGGAGACCAUGGACUCUCCUAAACUUUCUUUUUUGGGCCACAGUUCUCCUCUCUCCUCUCUUCACAUUUGGCUUUGGAGUUUUUGCAAGUGGAUCACCUCUCCUUAUCCUUGCCUUCCUGGGACUUGUAGGAGCAGCUUCCUUUGGAGUUCGUAGACUGAUAGGAGUAACUGAAAUAGAAAAAGGCUCCAGCUAUGGCAACCAGGAAUUCAAGAAAAAGGAAUAACUGACGGCUGCAGAUCAGCACAUAUAACCAGACUAUGGUAUCCGAUUAACUUCAGUUAAAAAACAACAACAAACACUUAGAAACUAUCUUUUUCUUAAUAACUGAUGACUAAUAUUAAUGAAUAAAACUUGAGCCAAGAAUGAAGAAGUUGGAGGCAUCGACUGAAGAGAAUGCACCAACCUUCUGCCUGUUCAAGGAUUACUGUAGUCAAGCUGUGGGAGAAAAUCUGGGGUGGGGUGGAAGAAGAAACUAAUUUUUCUUGCUUUGUUGGGGGACUUGGGGUGGGGGAGAAAAGAGGGCAUUGGCCAUGGCCACGUGUAUCUUCAGAUGACUGAAAACUGGUUUCUGUCAAGAGCACUACACUCACUUUUACAACAGGAGCCAUUGAAUGUUUCCUCUUGCUAAAGCCAACGUAACAUUUAUUGAUUUCCAACUUCUCUUACUAAUGAGCCAGGAAAAAACACCCUCCUUAAAUGAAUUGAUAGGUGUUCAUUGGGUUAGAGUCUUUUUGGCUGUGUUGUCAUGGCUACAGAUGAAAUCCUGUUUGUAUGUUACACUGACACUUUUUAUUUUCAGGCAACAUCUUAAGAGCUCUGUAACGCAGGAGAAGGGAUAGUGGAGUUUGGAAGCAGCGUGUUAUCCAUCAGCACAUCCCAUAAAACAGAUCCAAUAGGAGAACACUCCCAUCCUAUCUCCUGCUAACUGCUCAAGGCUCUUUAAUUUCUAAAUAUUACUUCAGUCUUGAGUGCUGUUUGCCCUGUUCCACAUCAAACAUGUUCCAUAAUUUUGAAUCUGUUUGGACUCAUUUGGUUUGGUUUUUUUUUUGUAAUUAGUGGUUGGCCAUGGGAUUUAGAGUUGUGUAAAGAAGGAAAUUUUUUCGAUUCUCCUUUUAUUUCUGUUUGCAUCUCUCAUUACCAAAGUCCAGUUCAGCCAACUUCUCUCAGUAAACUGGGAGGCAGCACUAGAAAUCAGCACAAUAGUUUUCAAAAUGUCUUCUUUUGUAAAAAAUGUGAAAAGGAAAGGUCUGUAGCAGUCCAAUUUUGAAUGCUGGUAUCUCUUGAACUUCUAAUGAGAGUUUCAGCAUGGAUUGAGAUGGGGCCAGGACUUUUACCUUGUGUGUGUCAGGAUAGGGUGUGCUGCUCUUUUGACUUGAUCAUGCUUUAGAUGUUCAUGUGAAGUUUUUUGCAAGGUGAGCUGUGCUGUUGAAGCAUUAGAAAGAGUAUAAGGUCUCUUCAGGGAUUUUACUUAUCUUUAGUUUUGCUUGUUGACCUUUUGGUCUUUUUCACUGAAAAUUAGAGCUCAGAAUCAUGUCUGUACCUGUCUCCCUUUUUCCUUCCUUCUUUUCCUUUUUUUACAAACGCACAUUUGGAGGUUUCUAUAGGUUGCUGCUGUAUGCAUAGCUGGGGAAUUAUUUGCAAACAGGUGGUAACUAUACUUGUAUGUUCAAGUCUGAAGGUCACAAUCUGCAUUUGGCUGCUUACAGAAGUAGGUGAAAUGAGUUGCAGACCUACAACUGAGGGCAGAAGCUAACCCUCAGGGUCUGUAUCUUUAACCCAGCUGCCACUAGAAUAUUUAUCUCACUUUUGUAAAGAGCAGAUUUUAUCAAAGCACUGGUUGUUGUUUUCAUCUUUGCUCCAGUAACCAAGAUAAGAAAGUAAUAAUUUACCUUCUUUCCGAAUUUGCUCUUAACUGUUGGAAUGUAACCUCUUCUCCCACAGGUUUUUCUGUUUUCAAACACUGGAAGAGCAAUUUUGUAACUUAGAAAAAUAUUUUACUUGGGGUCAUUAAUCACUUGUUCUGUCAUGCACUUGAUUUUUAUUUGUGGUCUUUUCAACAAGAGCAUUUGAAGGCUGACCUGA